AAACAUGGAUUGCUUGUACCCAACUGGCCAAUCCCUAUUGCUCAUAGGACAAGCUGCCAUUUUAGUCCUCAUACAUAGUAUUAACAUUAACAACUCGAACAGCCAUCUUAAAUAAGUCAAAAGGGUAAAGGAGGAAAAUGGUACAUGUACCUAGCAUCUAAGGCUAGUAAUUCUUAGAUAUUUUUGCAGAGAAUUUGUCCAUCUUAAAAUUAAUGGUUUUCAAGAAACUUGUAGUAAUGAUGAUGGGUUGUCUGGGAUGUGCUGGUCAGCCCACAGAACCAUCUUCUUCUCCUGAGAAAACUGAAUCAAAGCCACUUGUAGAUGAAUCUGCUGUUGUCACUUCACCUAGAGUCAAACUAGGUGAUGGCAGAUACUUGGCUUACAGGGAAAGAGGAGUGCCCAAGAACAUUUCCACAUACAGAAUUAUUAUUGUUCAUGGCUUUGGCAGCUCCAAAGAAAUGAGCUUUAUGGCUUCUGAUGAGCUUCUGGAUGAAUUGGGGAUAUACCUUUUGAUCUACGAUAGAGCUGGAUAUGGUGAGAGUUCUAUAAAUCCAAAGAGGUCACUUAAAAGUGAAGCAUCUGAUAUUGAGGAACUAGCUGAUCUGUUGCAAUUAGGAUCCAGAUUCUACAUAAUAGGCGUGUCGUUGGGAUGUUACCCGGCUUGGAGUUGUAUCAAGCACAUUCCUGCAAGGCUUGCAGGUGUGGCUCUAGUCGUUCCCUUUGUCAAUUAUAAAUGGCGGACACUGCCUAAGGAUCUGACAAAGGAUGAUUACAGGAAACAACUCUGCCGAUGGGUGAUCUGGAUCACACGUUAUGCUCGGGGGCUAUUACAUUGGUGGUUGACUCAAAAAAUUUUCCCAUCAGCUUCUGUUCUUGAUGGAAAUCCUCAAUUUUUCUGUGACAAAGAUUUGGAUGCCUUGAAGAACACAGCAGGAUAUCAGUUGUUCACUCAGGAUGGCCUAAAGGACCGAAGUGUAUUCGACUCCCUUUGUAGUGACUGCAUUGUGGCAUUCGGAAAAUGGGAUUUUAAUCCAUUGGAGCUGAGUAACCCGUACCCACAAAAUGAAAGCUCAGUUCAUAUCUGGCAAGGCCACGAAGACAAAGUUGUUCCUGUUCAAUUACAAAGACAUGUCUCACAAAGGCUCCCCUGGAUUCGUUAUCAUGAAGUUCCUGAUGGAGGUCACUUGCUUGUUUAUGACAGGGCAGUGUGUGAAGCUGUCUUGAAAUCGCUUGUGCUUGGGGAAGAUCCUCCACUAUACAGGCCAAAGUUAGAAAACUAAAAGUAUUUAUUCGUCUUUGCAGUCGCACGGUGCCCCUGUAAGUAGAUUGAUUUCUUGAAAUUAAUACAAGAGUGAUUGAUUUGCAUUGUCUCCAUAAACAUUCCCAGAAAGAAAUAAAAUGCGAGGCAUUUCAACUAUACCAGAUAUAGAUAUUAAAACAUAAAAAAAGAGGGAGGAGGAGGAGGGAAGGAUAUCUUUAAGGCGACGAGACUUGCUAUUAGGAGUAUGUUAGGGCCAUUCUCAGCUUUCAUUGAAAAUCUUGUCAAAGAAAUGAUCGAAACACUGUCUAAAUCUCCCUUCACACCUCUUUUUAAACUGAAAAAGAAGCUAAAUGAAUUGAGUCUUGUACAUCUGCUGUUUCAAAUUCAUCAAGUUGGCUGCUGCUUAGUUAUGUUUGUUUUGUCUUCAAACAAACUGCCUACUGUUGUUUGUAGUUUGGGGUGUAUUUCAAAGUUUUCUUUUUUCUUUUUUCCCUUUUCUGCGAUUGCAGACAUAUGGUGUUUCAAAUUCCAGCAUGAAGAUUACUAGUGUACAAUGUUAGACAGUUUAAUGUUUUUGUAUUUAUUAAAGAAGAAUUAAGACAAAAGACGAACUUGAUUGCA